AUGCACCGCUGCCACGCCGAGUACCAGCUCCGACUCCUUAUGGAGGAGGAUUUCUGGAAGCAGAAGGCGGCCGUUCGCUGGGUGGCAGAGGGCGAACGGAACACUAGGUUCUUCCAGGGCUUCGUUAGGCAGAAGCGUGCUAAGUCGUACAUCCAUAGUAUUGAGGUAAAUGGUUCAUCCCUGAACCAGGAGUCUCAGAUUCGGGAAUCGGCUGUUGCCCACUUCCAGACCCUCUUCACCUCUGACAGAGGGUCCCUCGUUGCCCCGAACAAGUCUCAGAUUUGGGAGUCGGCUGUUGCUCACUUCCAGACCCUCUUCACCUCUAACAGAUGGUCCCUCGUUGCCCCGACU